AUGGGUCUCAGCUGCCUGGCGGUGCGGCUCGGGGGUCUGCGUAGCGCCCAAGGCCGCAGGCUUUCUACCAGGGCCUGGCGUAAGCUGCAACCUGGAAGCUCCAGUAAACUGUCGGGAUCCCCGGGUGAGCAGCCAUUCCCUGGGCUGGCGCGGCCUGAAGAGCUCAGUCGCCAGGAACUGGUUGAUGUGCUGAGAGCAGCUGUGGUGGAUCAGAAAGGACCUUUAGUGACAGUCAACAAGCCACAGGGACUACCAGUAUCAGGAAAACCAGGAGACCUGACCCUGAUCUCUGUGCUGCCCGAGUUAAGCCAGUCCCUCGGCCUUAAGGAGCAGGAGCUUCAGGUUGUCCGAGCACCUGGGAAGGAUUGCUCUGGGCUUGUCCUUCUUUCCAGUUGUCCCCAGACUGCAAACCACCUCCAGAAGUUCUUCACUCACUCAAGAAGAGCCCAAAGACCCACAGCUACCUAUUGUGCCAUCACUGAUGGGAUCCCAGCUACUUCUCAGGGCCAGAUCCAAGCAGCUCUGAAACUGGAACACAUUGACGGGGUCGAUCUUGUAGUUCCAGUGAAGCCCCCAUCCCGAAAGGACAUCCUGGAAGGUGUCAAGAGGACUAUCAGCCACUUCCAGGUGGUGGCCACAGGCUCUGGCUGUGCUCUCAUUCAGCUGCAGCCACUGACAGUGUUCCCUAGUCAACUACAGGUACACAUGGCUCUGCAGCUCUGCCCUGUGCUUGGAGACCACACGUACUCUGCCCGCAUGAGAACCGUCCUGGGCCAGCGCUUUCUGCUGCCAGCUGAGAGCACCAAGUCCCCCAAACAGGUCCUGGAUGACGCCCUCCUCAGACGCCUCCACCUGACCCCCUCCCAGGCUGCCCAGCUGCCUUUGCACCUCCACCUGCACCGUCUCAUCCUCCCAGGCCCCAAGCUCCAGGAUGACCCCAUUGAGCUUUUGGCACCUCUGCCCCCUUAUUUCUCUAGGACAUUGGAGUGCCUGGGGCUCCACCACCGCCAGUUAUCCCUCUGUUCCUGA